AUGUCGGAUUCUUUAUCAUGGCAAGAGAGAUUAAAAGCCAAUUAUAAAAUCCAUCUUCAAGGGGAAACUUCCUGUUUAAGAUAUGUAAAUGAUCAAAGGUCUGGUCAUUGUGUUGUACUCAAAAUAUCUCGAAAAGUUUUGCUAAAAUGGCGGGAUUUAAAACUGACUAUGUCAGGUAUUUCAUACGAACACCUUCUGGCUCUUAGUGCCUUUGACUUACCCAUUUGUAUUAAACAAGGAAAUGAAAGAAUCGAAGAGGCUUUACGGACAAUGGCAUCGGAAACAUUCCAGCAAAGUAGAGGAAUACGAGGUAAUAAAAGAAUGAAAUUUCUUCAGAACACCAAAUCAUUUUAUGUAUUUACAAGUGAAUUAUUAAAUCCAAGUAGUCUAAAGUAUCUGUUAGAAAAGUCUGAGAAAGAAAAAAACAACCUUAAAAUGAUGGCCGAUAAAUCCUCUGGUAAUUAUGGAUGUAUCAGAAAGCCAUUGCUAAACAUUCCCAUUGCAAAUGUUAGAAUAGACAAGCUUCAUUUGCUUCUCCGUAUCACAGGUUGGUACCUUGUUAAUCUGAUUAAGAUUAACCCAUUGAGUUGCAUUGCACCCUGAUGCGCCCUACUUUAUUAUUUUACUCUGUCUAAUGCCAUACGAUUUUACUUGUCAAGGGGAGAGCGCUGGCGCUUAAUGGGUUAACUGGCCUAUCUGCCCAUGUGUCUAGUUAAGUAAUAUAUCUCUGCCUAUGUAAUUUACUUGACAUGAAAACCAGUUAUUUAUAAACUGUUAUCCCAUCUCUGCCAACAGAUGUCUUGGAGAGGAAUGUUAUCAACUAUGCAAUUGGAAAGGAUUUGCAAGAAAACCUAAAUAGGGCUCCUUCUUCUAGAAAGAAUGAACACCUGCAAAAUGUCAUUGAUGCAGUGAAUAAUUGCGGUGUUAGCUUCAGUGUGUGGCAAAAGAAGGAUAAAAAUGGAGGGAAUAGUGGCGUUUAUGAUCGGACAAGCAUGGUCGGUAAUGAAAAGAAGACUGCUCUGCACAAACUACUUUCUCAGUUUCCACAGAUCAUUGGAGCACCACAUUGUGAAACUUUCAUUAAAAUAUGGAAGGUGAAAUAAACAUUUCAUCUUGAUCAUUAUUAUUCUUUGUUAGUAGUGUACAGUGGAAGAUUUAUAGGGGGUGCACAGGGGUGUGCACCCCUGUUGGACUUGACCAAGGGGGGCAAGGGGAGUGCAAAAUAUUCUAUUUAUGAUACAAUUCAAAUGGUUGAGAUAUUCGAAUUUUUUUACUAGUCUUAGACCAGUUUAUUUUGAUCUAAUUUUAAGACCGCACUUGUUCAAAAUAUGCAAUAAUUCUGACUGUUUGCACAUGGUAACUAAAACCUACCAGGCACACAUAAUGUGUAAACAUUGGUGCAGCGGCAAGCUGCUGGCCCGUGCAGGGUUUGGUGUACUCUCUUGCUUGACUGCCUGCCCAUCACCCCCCUAAAAAAGUUGGCUGGAUCCACCGAUGGUAGCGGAGCCAGCCCAACGAUUUAGUCUUGCUGUGCAAAUGCAUUCAUUUCUUUAGAAAUUGAUUGCUUUUAUAGUCUGUGAACACGGCAAAAUUUGCAUAGCAGAACUAAAUCGUCGGGUCGGCAGUGCUACUGUUCUUUGUCAUAUUUAUGAAUCUAUUUGAAUACUUUCAAUGAAAUUUUUUAGGAGUUUUAUGAGCUGUACCAAAUACUAUCAGCAUGGCAACCUUCACAAGACGAAAUUGAGGGAUUUUUUGAAAAUGCAAGAAAUGCAUCCAGUGUGUUUUUCAAUAAUAUAUUUUUGCACUAAUAAGUUAAAACUGAUAUCAUCUUUUCUGCAACACUUAUUAGGCAAAGAAUUGGUUGAAGCUAUUUCUUUCACUUGGUGGGCAUGUAAUGGGAUUUGAGAAAGCAAGAGUUACACCAUACAUGCAUAUUCUGUUAUAUCACGUACCCAUGUUCCUAAAGCAAGAUAAAUCCAUAAAGAUUUUUACAGGUCAAGGAAUUGAAAAGAUCAAUGAUGUUGUUCGGUCAGUCUAUCAUAUUAAAAGUAACCGGCAUGAUGCAUGUAAAGAAGCAGUGCAAGCACUAAAGAGAAUUGACAACUUGCAGGACUUUGAAAGGAAACCUUGUGCAUAUAACAAGAAAGAUGACUAUUGGUCAAAUGAAGAAGGAAAAGAAGGAAAAGGCCGCGCUUAUGUGUUGACCCAAGGGAAGACCAGGUUCAACUAA